CUUACCUGCGGAGUUUUCUUGCAGUAGGUGCUCAUAGGCACCGUUGUUCUAUUCAGACGAACCCAAACGGACCGGAUGGAGACUUCAAGCGAAAUCGCGGCCGUCGGCCUACUUCUCUUUUUGCACGUGUUUCUGACCAUGGGCGUACCACCUGCAUCUCUGGCAAGUAGUAAGGCAUACGCGCCAGGGGAAGCUUCACACAAUCCAGCGGCAGAAAGAAGACUGGCUGAAAGAAACUUGCUAUCAAAACAAGGAAAAAGCGCGGUAGACACAACCGCGGCUGGAUGGAGUAGUAAAACAACAGGGAGUGAAAUCAAGAAUGAAACGUCCGACAUGGCGGAGAUGAAGUUCAACAAAUUUAUGAAAGAUUUCCAUAAAGAAUACGCAAGCCCGCAGGAAAAAUUGAAGAGAUUUCAAAUUUUCAAGCAGAAUUUGGAAUAUAUUCGGCAAGGGAAUUACGACCAUAGAAAAAAAGAUGGCACGCCCGGACGAGUCUUUGGUAUUAAUAAAUUCGCUGAUUUGACCGGCACUCCUUGA